UUGACACUAAACCUUUUCAUAAUAUUAUAUAUACAACGCGCUAGCUAUCUAUCGAGCACAAGAAUAGAAGACUUUGGUUGAGCUUUCAUCAAUGGCAGGUUCUCGAACUGAAGUAAUAUUGAACCAACAAGAACCCUCGGGAGACGGUAGAUCCUUUCCUGGUCGUGGUAGAACGCUUGUUGAACAAGAACCCCCGAGAGAAAGCGCUCAAGUGAAUAGGCAAGAUCAGGAAGGAGGCGGCGGCAUCAGGAUUCGUGACAAUAAUAUUGUGGCAGACCAGAACGCUCAGAAUGUUGGAGCGUCAAACUUUGGUAAUGUACAAGUUGAAGGGGAAGGCCAAGAUGGUGGUCUCGACAUUCGUGGCAAUACAAUUACUGCACGUGGACGAGCCAGUAAUGUUGGGUUUCACAACUUUGGGAACACCACACCUGGCUGGAAGUGUUGGAUCCUGUAGUUUGGGAGAAAAAGAAGCUGAAUCGAAGUUAGCAUAAACCAAUUGAAGAAGGACAUGAUCAAUAAAAAGAAAAACGUAGUCUGUUCUUCCAUGCUUUAAUUUUUAAUCUUUAAUUUUAGCCUUAAGGUUAAUGGUGUGUGUUCGAUGGACAAAAAUAAGAGCUGAUAUAGCAAAGAUCUAGGCUUGUCCAUUCUUCUGUCAUCACUUCCUGUAAUGUUUUCACCAAUAAUAGAAUGAGCCACACUUGAAGGAACCACCCAAGGUUUCUCCAGGACGUGUUUGCAAAAAUUAAUAAAUUCUGCCGGUUUUUAUUUUUCUUUUA